AUGUCAUACGCCCGUCUUUCCGAUCCUGCUCACGAGCAAGCUUCGAACAUGCGUCCUUUCUUUACGAAACCAACAGAUGCGGCCCAAGCAAGACCAAAAAUGUCGGCAGCUAGGCGCCGCAAAAUCAUCUUCUCUUAUGCCCCGGACUGGAUCCUGACCAUCGUUCUUGCCGUUAUUCUUUUCUUUGGACAAAGUGGAUGGUUACCGAAGGCAGUUCUCAUUGGCGGACACGUCUCUUCGUCAUACGUGGGUGUUCUUAGGGUUUUAAUCACUUUGGGCGUUGCCAUUGAUAGUUUCGAUGCAAACAGUUAUGCUCUUCACGAAAGGGUUCCGAACAUAGCUCUAUAUUUUAUCUGCUUCGUUGCCCCGCUGCUUAUCCAACCUGUCGUCAAUCUAUUCACAAUACGUUCAUGGUGGGAUUUACAUAACGGCACGCUUGGGUUGAUCCUUGGCCUUGCCUUGACAGGUUCUAUCACACAGUUCUCAAAGAUAACUGUCGGACGUCCUCGCCCUGACAUCGUCGACCGUUGUCAACCGCUAGCCGGUGCGGUGGACCCCACGUUCGGGUUAUCAAAUUACACAAUAUGCCAACAACAGGACAACAGCAUUCUACGGGACGGAUUUCGGAGUUUCCCUUCCGGGCAUUCGAGUUUAUCUUUCGCUGGACUCGGGUUUCUAGCGUUUUAUCUUGCCGGCAAACUGCAUCUUUUUGAUAAACGCGGCCACGCCGGUAAAGCCUGGCUAUCGCUCUCGCCUUUCGCAGCUGCUGCGCUGGUGGCGAUUUCACGAACCAUGGACUAUCGUCAUCAUUGGCAUGAUGUCCUCAUUGGUUCUCUUCUUGGAACUGUUCUAGCGUAUUUUUCUUACCGCCAGUACUACCCUAGUUUGGCGUCUGAGCUGUCGCACCGCCCAUACUCUCCUCGUAUCCCUCGCGAGCCAGAGGAGGGACUUCCUUUGCAUCAUCGUUAUGACAGCUCCGUGGACCAGAGUGGCGUACAGACAAGUCGUCCCACGCUGACACGACGGUACACCGAUGAUGCCGCACCUGAAGAAGCUUACGAGCUGGACGGAACCGUGCAAAGGCAUACUCCGCCGCUUGAAGAGGUCUGGAGGGAAGGAGCCUCGACCGUCGUUCAAGAGGCUCCCGCAGCACAUCAUAAGCCAACGGCGGAUCCUAUCCGAUAA